AUGGUGGUCACCCAGCUGAACCUGGAGUUUCGCUUUCAGGGCAAGAAGCUGCGAGGCUUCAGCUGCGAGCUCAUCCGGUCCCCGCAUGGCAUCUUCCCAGAGUCUUUCUUCACCAUCAUGUGCCAGGUCGCGGUGCCCUUGCUGCUGUCUGGCUUGGGCAUGCUGACGGCCGGCCUGGUGAUGAAUACCGUCCAGCACUGGCCCGUGUUUCUGGGAGUUAAAGACCUUUUGACGUUGGUGCCACCUCUGGUGGGCCUGAAGGGGAACCUGGAGAUGACGCUGGCAUCGAGGCUCUCCACUGCUGCCAACACUGGACAAAUCGGUGACCUCCAGGAGCAACACAGAGUCAUCAGCAGCAACCUUGCCCUCGUUCAGGUCCCUCCAGCUCCCCCAGUCCCUUCUUUGCAAGCCAAAUGUCUUUACGGGGGGGUCACCGGCACUUUCCCCUUUCUCAUUGCCGACGCGCUGGCGGGCUUCUCGCUGCGCUUCCCCAGGCCAAAGAGCUCGCCUGAUCGGUCUCUCCUCGGAAGGUGCUUUCUCUUCUUGCCCAGCUGCCACGGAGCUCUUUAUGAGCUCCACUCAGGUCUGAGUUUCCGCCUGGCGCCAGUCUUCUCUCUGUCCUCUCUCUCCACAGGAACGUUGACGGUCUGUAUCGUGAUUGGCACUCGAAAGCUCGGGGUCAACCCAGACAACAUCGCCACACCCGUGGCAGCCAGCCUGGGAGACCUCAUCACACUGUCCAUCCUGGCUUUGGUUAGCAACUUCUUCUACGGACGCAAAGCUUCGACUCUCAGGGAGGAGAGUUUUGGAGGGCUCAUCUUGAGCAAAACCAUUUCUAAACAGCAGUACAAAGGCAUGGCCAUAUUUGCUCCCAUCAUAUGUGGUGUUGGUGGCAAUCUGGUGGCCAUUCAGACCAGCCGCAUCUCCACCUACCUGCACCUAGGGAGCACACCUGGGGUCCUGCCGUUCCGGAUGAAAAAAUUCUGGCCUAACCCUUGUUCCACUUUCUGCACAUCAGGUGAGUCUGCUGUCUUCAGACCAGUAGAAAUCGGUGUCGUUGGAAGGUGGCAGUGGAUGCCUGCCUGUGUGCUGCACCGCACGUGA